AUGAUAACCCCCGCUGCUGAGGCAUGGCGGGGUGACGUUGAAUUUACCUAUGCAGACCCCGACGAGGUGCUGGACCCCGGUGCCUUCUCGGUUGCUGAGCCUCUGUACUCCGUGGAUUCUGAGCUAUCUACGGAAAGCUCAAACAAGCAGUGGUCCUGCCGGCUGCUGCCAUGUCUGCCCCCCUUAGGCCUUGUCUCUGCCUCCAUUGGUUUGCAGCUAGGAGCUGCGCUCCUCUUGCUUGCUGCUGCAACAAACGGGCAACGCCUCCACGGUUUGACCCCCAGCCUUCUAGACCCGGAGUUGCCUUUAAUCCGUGCAAGCUUCAAAACCAGGGACCCCAGGACAUAUGCAUGGUGCCUUGCGUAUGCCUGGGCAUGGUCUUUGAUCAUCUUUGUGGUUUUGGCAGUGGCUUCAGCGAUCAUGGCUGUUCUCCUGGGGUGUUGCAAGUGGGCAAGGGUCCUUAGGGCCUUGAGCAUCGUUCAGUCCUUAAUUUCUCUGGGGACGGCCCUGACAUGCUGCAUGUGGCUCUCCGGGUACUCUGUCUCUCAGUCAUCCAUAGACAAUGCAGCCGUUGACCAAUUUUUAGAGCCCUUCAACUAUGGAACACUGUUAUUUGCAAAGACACACGAAGUUAUACUCAGAGCGACAGGAGGAAUGACUGCAGCGGCCGCUGCCGCCGCCGCUAGGGCUUCCAGGGCCACUUGCCAUGAUACCGCAACAGGAGCGAUGACGACCAGUGCAGCGUUGAUUGCAUCUUGGGCAGCAAGUUUUCUACAGAUUCAAGCAGCGCUGGGGGGGAUGGCUCCUCCGGUAUUUGGUGUCCCUGCAGUUUUGCUGUCCUGCGCAUGUCUCAUUUGUCUGAACUUUGGGUGCCUUGAGCGCUGGAACAACAUGAUCUUGACGAUGCUAUUUUUGGCUUCCGCUUUUGUUGCCACAGUAGCAUGGGUAGCGGCACAAGAGGUGUAUGCGAUAAACUACAGCACUCGGCCUCACUCAGAUUCCUUCAUUGUAAAGCUUCUAAAGAAACUAGUAGACAUCGAACAGUGGGGAAUAGCAUUAGGAAUGGAAGUUGGAGUCGCCUGCUUCGCUGUUAUAUCCGCAACACAAUCUGUGUUGUGUAUCUUCGCCACCACGGUAAUGUUUUACCGAGUGUUCGGCCACAGGAUAGAAGCAUGCAGGAGGAAGCGAAAGCAGAGAAAAAGAGACAAGGCAACAUGUGAAACAAGAAGACACUCCCCGUGCAGCCACCCAGCGGCAGUCAUCAGCACAUACACCUCGCCUGUCGCUAAGUCCCCUGUUUCAAUCCUGGCUCCUUCCGCGAAGAUCCUUGUGCCACCACCCCCGCAUGCGGUACUGCCUUAG